GUGAUUGAUGUGAGGAAAAAAAUAUAAAAUAACUCAGCGAAUAAGAGAGAGGAGGAAUUUCAUUUACACGUCAUUUGGAUUGGGGUUUUAGUAAAAUGAUUAUUUUAUCUUACAACCAUCGGUGAUUGUUUGUUUUGUUUAAUUUUAUUUUAAAGUUUUGAUUGUUUUAAAUAUGUCAAACUUGGAUGAUGAUGAUCAGUAUCAGGGAGGUUAUGAUGUCGGAUCAUUCCCUCAGGACUUUGGGUACACGCCGUUUGUUGACGGCGAUGAAACAACUGAAGAUUCGACGACUAAUUUAUUAUUAGCUGGGGAACAAAAACCUCGAAUUUUAUUGAUGGGACUUAGGAGAAGUGGAAAGUCAUCAAUUCAAAAAGUUGUUUUUCACAAAAUGUCACCUAACGAGACACUAUUUCUCGAGAGUACAAAUAAAAUAAUAAAAGAUGACAUCAGCAACUCGAGCUUCGUACAAUUUCAGAUAUGGGACUUCCCAGGUCAGAUCGAUUUCUUCGACCCGACUUUUGACAGCGACAUGAUAUUCGGUGGCUGCGGUGCCCUGGUGUUUGUCAUCGACGCCCAGGACGACUACAUGGAGGCACUCAAUAAACUUCACCUCACAGUUACAAAAGCUUACAAAGUUAAUCAGGCGAUUAAGUUCGAGGUUUUCAUUCACAAGGUCGACGGGCUCUCGGACGAUUACAAAAUGGAGACACAGAGAGACAUUCACACGCGAGCGAAUGAUGAUUUGCUGGACUCUAAUUACGAUCAGAUUCACUUGAGCUUUCAUUUGACCUCCAUUUACGAUCAUAGUAUUUUUGAGGCCUUCAGUAAAGUCGUACAGAAGCUCAUCCCCCAAUUACCGACACUCGAAAAUCUUUUAAAUAUUUUGAUAUCGAACUCGGGAAUAGAAAAAGCAUUUUUAUUUGAUGUAGUUUCAAAAAUUUACAUCGCAACCGACAGCUCUCCCGUGGACAUGCAGAGUUACGAGCUCUGCUGCGAUAUGAUCGAUGUCGUGAUCGACGUAUCGUGUAUAUAUGGUCUUAGAGAAGAUCUAGAAGCCGCGGCCUUCGACAAUCAAAGCUCGAGUCUCAUAAAACUCAACAACGGAACAAUACUCUACCUACGGGAAGUCAACAAAUUUCUUGCCCUUGUCUGUAUUCUACGCGAAGACAAUUUCGACAGACAAGGAGUGAUUGAUUACAAUUUUCUGUGCUUCAGAAAAGCCAUUCAGCAAGUGUUUGAACUACGGAAUAAAACCGCAAAUACAAACAGUCAUUCGCCAUCAUCGCCGUCAUCAGUGCCACCCGCGCCGCCUCUACCUCCAGCAGAAUCUCCAUCACUUUUACCCUCUAGCAAUAAUGAGCAAACUCUGACAAACGCCGGCACGACCCCAUCAAUCGGCGCGUUGUCUCUAGGACCCAGUAGCCAACCCGCUGUGGGAAAUCUUAACCAGAAUGGAUCCAUCGCUAUCGCGCAAAAUUAAUUCCCUACUCUAAUUUUUUUUUCCUACUAAAUACGUCAUACAUUAACGCAAAGCAAUAUAUUAUAUAUUUAUAUGAGUAAUCAUAUGUAUAGAGAAGUUUUUCAGCUGUAAUUAAUUUUGAGAUAUACUAAUAUUUAAAUAAAUAUAUACUUAUAUAUAUUUAUAA